UUUUAUUUAUGCUCUCUCCUUCACACAAACUCAUCAUCACAACACUGCCUCAACAACUGCUUAUGUAAAGCAAUUAUUUUACUCUGAAGUUUGAAGUUCUAUCGGAUCAAUUGUCAGUAUUUCCGCACCCAUUUUUAUCACUGCACAUCAAUAAACGACUGAAACUUCAAGGAUCAGGAAAUAAUUAAUUCCUCCUCCCACCAUCAUCACUAAAUAAAUUUCGGAUUAGAAAUUCAUCCUUCUUCGGAUACUUCAUCUCGCUGGUUCUAACGCAGCGUCUUUAUUUUUAAUAGCCAUGGCUCAAAAUGUAAAUCCACGUAAUGGUGUUGCAAGUGGAAGUCGUAAAACUAACGAAGGAAACACUGGAAGCUCCAAAGAUACUCACUCCGUUAGUAAAAGGCUGCAAACAGAACUGAUGUCACUGAUGAUGAAAGGGGACAAAGGGAUUUCUGCUUUUCCCGAUGGCGAUAAUAUUUUUAAAUGGAUUGGCACUAUAGCAGGGCCUGACGAGACUGUUUUUAGUGGCUUGACGUUCAAGCUGUCCUUAGAGUUUCCCAGUGGAUAUCCGUAUACCGCACCCACCGUCAAAUUUACUUCAGCUUGUUUUCACCCCAAUGUCGACACUGCUGGCAAUAUAUGCCUCGAUAUUUUGAAGGACAAGUGGUCAGCAUUAUUGGAUGUUCGUACUAUUUUGAUUUCAAUGCAGUCGCUCCUAAGCGAGCCAAAUAUUGAAAGUCCUUUAAAUGUUAAGGCAGCACAAAUGUGGAAGAAUCAAGAAGCUUAUAGAAAACAUUUAGUAGAAGUGGUCCAUAAAAAUUCUAAUUGAUCUGCGUAAAUAACUAGUGGAUGGUCAUCAUGUCGUUUUCCUAUUGAUAUUUAAAACUAUUGUAACACCAUGUAUUACUAAAAUUCACAUAACCAUUUGGUAAACCAUUAUUUCCGUAUCGUGAACGUCCCGGGUUGUACAGGUAUUAUUAUACAUAAUAAACAAGUCGGCUGUGCAUAUUGCUACAUUUUUAUGCAUACAAGUAACGCUCUACUUUGAAACAAUUUGCAGUAGAAUUUUAAUUGAUUCAAGUUUUGAACAAACACGCACAGCAUUAUGAAUUUCUAACACAAAAGCAGAUUUGAAUUUCUUUUCAGAUAUUGAAAUAGUAGUAAAUUCCUAUCGAUAUCAAAAAGUAUUAUUAUGUAGUACUUGGCAAUAAUCAGGAUCGUUUGUCACAUUUAUUUUCAAUGUAUUCUAUGUGAUAUCAGUUUCAUGUGUUGUUUUGAUGAAACCUUGUCGGUUAUUUUUUAAUGAUAACUAAAAGAUGAAAUGUGGAUAAAAUGUAUAUUACGAAUAUCUACAGAAUAAUAUAUAAAGACAGGUUUGAGCAAUAAAUAAGUAGAGUUGGCUUAUGA